AUGGAAGUGGCAAAGAAGGUAUCUGGCCCUCACCGGUUAGGAGUUGUUGAAGGUUAUCAAGGGAGAAAAAAUGAAAUUGUGUUACAUCCUCCCCAUGAGAAUUCAACUAUCAUUGGAACUGUUGUAUAUUUUGGUGGAGAUAUGCAAGAUUAUAAGGAAAACAUGCUGGCUCACAGAGACAAUAAAUACUAUUCAGAUUGGGAUCUGGAAACCACUGCUACCAUACUUAACAGACAUUUCCCUGAUUAUGUGGUUCUAAUUAUAAAGCCCUCUAAAAUGGCUCUAAAGACUUUUAGUUGUUAUGAUAAUUUUAUGACUACAAACAAUUUUGGUGCUCCAUCUUAUUCCUCUGAUUUAGAUAGCUUAAAACAUCUUAAUUUACUUUUGCAUAAUGUUGAGAGUGUUUGUGUUUCCAACUUCAAUCUCAGUGAGUUUAUUUGUAAACCAGUGACUUUAAUUGGGUUCAGUAAAGGAUGUGUUGUUUUAAACCAAUUUCUUUAUUCAAUUCACUUCCUAAGAAAUUCGCCAGAUGAAGAAAUGGAAUUAUUAUUGAAAAAAAUUAAUUGCUUUUAUUGGAUUGAUGGUGGUCAUUCUGGAACCUCUCCAACUUGGAUUACUGACAAGUCAGUAUUAGAGAGCUUCUCUAAACUAGACGUUGAUGUUCAUUUACAUGUGACACCGUACCAAGUUCUGUGUGAUACCAGACCGAGAAUAG